CCCCGACGAAAUGCGGUCAGCAUCUGACGCGGUACCGCGGCGAAGCACCGCACGAAUUGCUGAGCCGAUUUCGUGAGGGUCGCUUCACCCACCAAAAUGUGCCUCCCGAGCGGAGACAACUGAGAACGCAUGGGGACUCCACUGCGCAAGAACUUUGGCCAACGUGUUCACGAGACUCGCGAGGCAGCCUGUAUCCAGCUGGCCGUGCUGCCGAGCAGAACGAUUGUGGCGACCGCUUCGACGGGGAAGUGGAGUAAUCUGAGGCAAGCCCGCGAGAUUGUGUGUCUGUCGUGGUCGACUCUUCUCCUCGACCACGUGAGACCACGUCGCUCCUUCUAGAAGCGAAAAACGCCACCCGGCAUCGGCUGGGUAUGCUGGACGCAGCUUAGCUUAGAGCUGCUUUUGCUUCCGUAGGCUAAUCUCACCGCAUAAUUCUGAAGUAUCACUUCGACAUUAGGUACAGACUCCGACCAGCGAUCGAGAUGGCGGCAGACGUUGCGGCUGCGGGCAGAACCUUCCAUAGGUCGGACUUCCAACGAGGAAAAAAAUCCGGUGCCCCACAGGAUGAUUACGUUUCGUCGGAACAUCACUUGAGUUGCGCGAAUGUUGCGCUUUGAUGAUCGCGCAAAGUGAGCAACUUGGACACUUCGACCUUAACCUCAAACUUCAGUUAAGACCAUACCCACCACCACCAACUAUCGCCACCAAACCAAGCCCAACCUGCACUGAUAGGAUCGCAUGAGUACUAUGCUCCAGAGCACACGUACAUACCAAGUUCUCCACUGCAUAAACUCAAGGAUAAUUCACGCGUACUGCAAUCGUCACCAGUUGGGGUCGACGAGGUUCGAUGCAGUUGCCAUAACUAAAGUUUACGGUCUUUAGUCCCAUUUCAGUUUCCAGGCUAUACUAUGAACGCAACGCCAUCUCCUGCAAGAGCAUUACAGUGUUCGUGCUGACAUUGGUAUGUGCCCACAGCAUAAGGCACACUUUUCAUCCAAAAUGGUUUUCAACUUGUGCAAGUCUUGUGACAAGACAUCACCCAUUGCUGCAUCAUCACAUGAUCCCCACUAAAUCCUGUCAAUGACAGGCUGUCAUCCAAUGAAGAAUACCGCUAUGGCACGAAACAUAUUGGAGAGCUCCCUCACCAUUUUCCUUCUGCCGGUUGCUCGCCUCAUGCACUUCAUACAAUUCUCCGAGCAUACUUCCAAUCUCUUCGACACCUCCAGGAAACACAACAACUCUGUAAUUGAUGUUGCGUAGACCCCCACCAAAACUUAAGUCGCCACAGUGACUGUAAGAAUAGGUUGUGUUCAACCAGCGGCCACCAAAUAAUCAAUGCGUUCACACAUUCUUUCAUAAAGAUACCAAGAGUAACGAUACUCGAAGGCCAGCUCUUGGCGCCCAGUCAUGUUCGCUUUGUCAGGCUUGUUCGAUUCCAGCUCGAAUCAUGCGCUUCGUUUUCCAGUAGCGACAACACCACCCACCUCAAAGCUUGCAACCGCUUGGAUAUCGCUUUCUUUACACUAGCAAAAACUGUUAACGUAGGCGUUUGUGGGCUGUCCAGA